AUGCCCCAGUAUGCUCGCGGUCAACUAGAGCAAUUGCAGACUAAGUUCGACGAACUUGAACAAACAGGGGUGUUUCAACGUCCAGAGGACCUAAACGUUGUUGCAGAAUACCUGAACCCUUCCUUCCUCGUCAAAAAAAAGAGUGGUGGCUUUCGCCUGGUUACCGCCUUCUCCGAUGUUGGCAGAUACAGUAAACCCCAACCCUCGCUAAUGCCCGACGUCGAUUCCACUCUCUGCAAGAUUGCCUGCUGGCGCUAUAUAAUCGUUUCUGAUCUGUCUCAGUCGUUUUAUCAGAUACCUCUUGCCAAAAGCUCCCUCAAGUACUGCGGUGUAGCUACACCCUUCAAAGGCGUCCGCAUUUAUACCAGAUGUGCCAUGGGAAUGCCUGGCUCGGAAACAGCAUUAGAAGAGCUGAUGUGCCGCGUCCUCGGUGACCUCCUCCAAAAUGGAUGUGUCGCCAAAAUCGCUGAUGACCUCUACUGCGGUGGCAACACCCCUACAGAGCUCCUAUCCAACUGGAGAAAAGUCCUGACAGCCCUAGAUAAAUGUGAUCUCCGUCUCGCAGCCAAGAAAACCAUAAUUUCUCCUGUUUCAACUACCAUCCUUGGCUGGAUAUGGUCUCGCGGCUCAAUUCGUGCCUCUCCCCAUCGUAUAGCAGCCCUCUCUUCCUGCACCCCUCCAAAAACAGUCCGAGAUCUUCGCGCUUUCAUUGGAUCCUACAAAAUGCUCAGCCGUGUUAUUGAAGGUUCAGCUUCCAUCCUCGCCCCCCUCGAGAGUAUUACCGCCGGGAACCAAUCAAGCAGCCCUGUGGUUUGGUCUGAGUCUCUUACAACCUCCUUCUACCACGCUCAAGAAGCACUUUCAUCCAACAAGUCCAUUGUGAUCCCAAAACCUGAAGACCUACUUUGGAUUGUUACUGACGGCUCUGUGAAGAUGAAUGGUCUCGGUGCCACACUCUAUGCCCUUCGUGACAACAAAUUGCUUCUUGCUGGUUUCUUCAGCGCAAAGACCAGAAAACAUCAAGUUACUUGGCUCCCCUGCGAAGUUGAAGCACUGUCCGUCGCGUCCGCCAUCAAACAUUUUGCUCCUUAUAUCACCCAGUCCAAGUUCCAAACCUGUGUGCUGACCGACAGCAAACCCUGCGUCCAGUCUUUCGAGAAACUGUGCCGUGGCCAGUUCUCCGCCAGCCCACGUGUUACCACCUUCCUUUCCACCGCCAGCCGAUACCAGAUAUCUCUCCGUCACCUUUCUGGCUCUGCCAACCUGCCAUCCGACUUCGCAAGCCGCAACGCACCACCCUGUGAUGACCCUCGUUGUCAGAUUUGUUCCUUCAUCUCUAAAGCUGAAGACUCUGUG